AUGGAGGCGGAUCCAUCGACUCUCCUAGAAUGGCUCCAGAUGGGCACGGAUGAUACUAGAGAGAUGCAAGCAACUGCAUUGGAACAAUUGUGCAACGAUAUUCUUUUUUCAGAUAAUAUUGAUAAUUUUUUUGAGAGAUAUUCUCCCAGAGCUUUCAUUCCGGCUCUUUGCAAAAUAUUCUUAGAUGAACUUGCUCCAGACAAAGUUUUGGAGGCGAAUGCACGGACUCUUACUUAUUUUCUCGAGCUUUCUCUCGAUUAUGUUCAAAGAAUAGUCCAUGUUGAUGGUACCUUAAAGGCAAUUUGCUCUCGCCUUGAUAUGGUUGAUAUGUCUUCCGAGAAAAGCAACGAACUGGGCCAGCAAAUUAUAAAGAUGCUACAAAUAAUCACUACGCGUGCAGCUUCGGCUGUAUCCACCGCUGGCGGAUUGGCUAGUGUUCUGAGAUUUAUUCACCAUUAUAGACCCCUCUUGCACGCGGAUGUGCUGCAAGCAGGAAUGGACAUUGCACAGCGUCUUUGCUCCAAAGCUGAUCCAACUGACUCCGCUAAUUUACCUGUUUGGCUAGAACACCUUACUGCUCUUUUAAAUGAAAAUGAAGCUAAUUCCUUCGUUGGGAGAGCUGGUGUUGCUCCGAGUAUGACCCCAGUUCCUGUUACUGGUGCCCAUACAACCUCAGUUUCUGAUCAGGCGCUGAGAGCCUUCGCUAAUUUAGUUGAAAGAUUUACAAAACGACAUCUGGAUCCUAGUCCUGUAGCUACUCCACAUCUUAUUGAAUGCCUGCUCCAAAGGCUUCGCGCCGCCGGUGGUGUCAUAGAAAGUCCUUUUGAUUCAGCCGCUGGUUCCUCGUCUCCUGAAUUCAUCCAUGCUAACGUCAUAAUAGAACCAAAUCCGACUGCGGUGCAUGCCAUUACGGAUAUCCUCCUUACGCUCUGUUGCAGCUCACCUAGCAUCACUCGUCGCCUUCUUUCAAGUGAUAACCAGUUAGCUAAUACUUUGGCUGCAGUCAUGCUCCGAGGAGAAGAUAGUGUAGUCGCUAGUAUUUCUCAACUGAUUGACAUACUACUAAUUCUUUUAUACAGUUCUAAAUCUACUGUUUCUGCUACUAAUAGUCCAUGUCCCGUUUCAAAAUCGCCACCCGAGACUGACACAAGACCAAAAAAGUCAACUACCCAACCCACUUUUGUUGAUAUUUCGCAUACAUUAGAGAAGAACGAUGCAAAAAUAGAUUCCGAGCGAUAUUCUACCAAAUCUUCUGCCAAAAUUAACCCUAGUCACAAAUCGAAAAAUGGCCAGGAGUCAUGGAAGAGCCAAUCAGUAACCCUCAAAACUGUGGAAAGGGCUAAUCAUGCCUUAACUUCGCAUGUCGAUCCUCAUGGUUCUGCUACUUUGAAGCGUGACUAUGUGCAUAGAUUUCUGAUAGAGGAAAUUAAAAGACAAGAUUCGGACGCUUUUAUGCAAGCACUUGCAUGUCGUGAAAAUAUUGACGUCAACUACACAGAUCACUUAGGGCAGACUCUACUUAACUGGGCUGCUUCGUUUGGGUCACCUAUCAUGGUUGAAGCACUUUGUCUUCGUGGUGCCGACGUUAAUGCUGGAAUUCGUAGCUCGCUUAACUAUGCCGCAACUUAUGGCCGGGUUGAGGUAUGCCGCGUUCUUCUCGCCUGGGGGGCUGAUCCAGAACUCAGGGACUCAGAAGGUUUUCGGCCGAUUGAUAGGGCGCGGAAGAAGCUUCCUGAUGCUCGUUGCCAGCGCGUAGUGGAGCUUUUUGAUACCAGCAGCAGAAGUAUGAUGAGCAUUAAUUCAUUGUUUUGUAUACACUACUUAUUUUUUUAUUCUGUUACCUAA